AUGGCCAACUCUAACAUGAAACCGGUCGUCACAGCUAAUUUAUUGGGUAAGAGAAAGCCGGAAGUUGAUUUGGAGAGCAAACCGGUUCUGAGUAAACAUAAGCAGAAGGAGACAACGAAAGGAUUUCCUGAUAGUCUCCAGCAGAUCAAAGGAAGAGUCGAGUUGUUGGAGACAAAUUCUUAUCAUGAAGCUAAUUUGAUCUCAGUGAAGGAUGCUGCCGUAAGGAACAAAAUGCUCUUUGCUGGCAGUUUCUCUAAUGAAACUGAAGUGUCAGAUAUCAUCGAUUUCUUCAAAGAUGCUGGAGAAGUUGUUGGUGUUCGGUUUAUUGUAGGCAAGGGCAGACGCAGACAUGUGGGCUAUGGCUUUGUUGAGUUUGCUUCUGCUAACGAAGCAAAUAAGGCGCUGCAAAUUAAGAAUGGUGGAUAUUUGCACAAACGUAAGAUUUUGUUGAUGAAAGUACACGAUGAAACUCCUGAUUUUGUUGAGGAAGAUGCGGUACCAAGAAAGACGCUAUUUGUUGGCCACAUCUCUCGGCACACUGAAAUAUCAGAUAUCAUUGAUUUCUUCAGAGAUGUUGGACAAGUUGUUCGUGUUAGACUUGUUGCAAGCCACUUUGACACGCACGUGGGCUGUGGUUUUGUUGAGUUUGCUUCUGCUAACGAGGCAAAGAAGGCGCUUGAAAAAAAGAACGGUGAACAUUUGCACGGUUCCAAGAUUUUUCUUGAUGUGGCUAAUGAGGAAGCUACAUACCAAGCACCCAUGUAUUGCAUUGAUCACAGGGUUUGGUACGAAGACAACCUUGGAAGAGAAAGCCUUGCGAUAGAAGAAGACGAGACACCUCGCAAAUUUGUUGAGUACCUCUUCAUGUUAUCUUCAAAAUAUGACGUACUCCUUGUUGCUAAUCUCUCUCCCCAAACAAAUGAAAUAGUAGACAUCUUCAAUUUCUUCCAAGAUGUUGGAGAAGUUGUUGGUGUUCGACUUAUUGUGAACCACGAGGGUAAGAAUUUGGGCUAUGGCUUUGUUGAGUUUGCCUCUGCUUGCGCAGCAGAUGAGGCGCUGGAAAAGAAGAAUGGUGAAUAUCUGCACGAUCAUAAGAUUUUUCUGAUGAAAGGACCUGAUGAAACUCCCGAUUUUGACGAGGUAAUUGCCGUAAGAAAUAAGACGCUCUUUGUUACCAAUCUCUGUUCUCACCGAACUGAAAUAUCAGAUAUUAUCAAUUUCUUCAAAGAUGUUGGACAAGUUGUUCAUGUUCGACUUGUUGUAGACCACGAAGGAAAGUAUGUGGGCUACGGUUUUGUUGAGUUUGCUUCUGCUAACGAAGCCAAGGAGGCGCUUGAAAAGAAGAACGGUGAAUAUCUGCACGACCGUGAGAUUUCUCUUGAUGUUUUUAAGACAGAACUAGACCCUAAACUAGACAAGUAUUUCAUCGAUGACGAGGUCUGGUACGAAGACUACCUUCGAAGAGAAAGUUUUCUGAUAGAAGAAGAUGCGGAGGCAGUGGAAGGACUCGAUGAAACCCUCGAUUUUGCUGAGGAAGCCGUAAGAAAAAAGACGCUCUUUGUUUCCAAGCUCACUGGCAACAUGAGAAUGGGUGCUAUCAUCCAAGUCGUAAAAGAUGUUGGAGAAGUUGUUCGUGUUCGACGUUGUGUAGACCACAGGGGUGAGCGUUUGGGCUGUGGCUUUGUUGAGUUUGGCUCUGCUUACGAAGCGAAGAAGGCGGUGGAAGAGAAGAAUCGUGGUCCGAUUUUUCUUAGCAUGGCAGAGAGAGCUCGAUACCCUUUCCGACCCAAGUACAAGCUUGCAGAGAAGCUCUUGUGUGAAGACAAGCUUCGACGAGAAAGUCUUGUUGUCAAGAUCGUCGGUAAGAAGACUACCUUCUCGUAUGACGACGACUGA